CGAUAUCUGUGUCCAUACUGCAACAAGGGAUUCAGCCGACCCUCGUCCCUGCGCAUCCACACAUAUUCGCAUACGGGAGAAAAGCCUUUUGUGUGUGCUGAGGAAGGAUGUGGACGACGGUUUAGUGUGCAGAGCAACAUGCGUCGCCAUCUAAGAGUC